AUGAACAAUAACUUCUGCCGGGCCCUGGUGGACUGCAGGCCCGUGGGACCCCCGAGCUGCAUGCAGCUGGGCGUCGUGGGCGCCCCCCGGCAGGCGCCCCUGUCCCCCGCCGAGCCCCUGGGCAACGUGCCCUUCCUGCUGUACCCGGGCCACGCGGAGUCGCCCUACUACGACCCGUACGCGGGGGUGUUCCCCUACGUGCCCUUCCCCGGCGCCUUCGGGGUGUACGACUACCCCUUCGAGCCCGCCUUCAUCCAGAAGCGCAACGAGCGCGAGCGCCAGCGCGUCAAGUGCGUCAACGAGGGCUACGCCCGCCUCCGCGGUCACCUCCCCGGCGCGCUGGCCGAGAAGCGGCUGAGCAAGGUGGAGACGCUGCGCGCCGCCAUCCGCUACAUCAAGUACCUGCAGGAGCUGCUCGGCGCCGCCCCGGACGGCGCGGCGCCCCCCGCGCCCCGCAGCCUCCCCGGCGCCGGGGCCGCCCCCGCGCCGCCCGCCGCCUCCCGGCCCGACUGCGCCGGCGACGGCCAGGCCCGGGCGCCCCCCUCCCUGGUGCCCGAGUCGUCCGAGUCCUCCUGCUUCUCCCCCUCGCCUUUCUUUGAGUCGGAGGAAUCCAGCCACUGAUCGGGCCUGUGGCCGCCCCAGGCCUGGGGGACCUGCAGACCCCGUCCCACUCUCGGGAGCAGCGUGGGGGCUGCUGGGUCACCCGUGGCGCGGCGCAGGCCCCUGACACCUGGAGGUCCGCGGCGCUCCGGCGACUGCGACCCCCCGCCUCCCCCACCAGCUUGGGGCAGGGGGUCCGAGAGGCGCGAUCGAGACCGAGGAGCCGCGAGGGUGCAGUGAGGGGCAGGGCCCGGGACAGCUCCAGCCGCGCGCGGAGUCCUCUCCAGGCUGCAGGGACAACCGAGGACGUCAUCCCUGGGUCUGGCUCUCGCUCUGCCUCAGCCUCGGCUUGGGGAGAGUCGGAGCCCGGCCUGGCGCUGGGGCUCUGCUCCGUCCUCCGAAGCUGCAGGCGCAGCCCUGUCUCUGCGAGUCCCCGGGGACGAGCCGGACUUGAUUCGGAUGCGCCACCCCCUGGCUGUCCACAAGAUGGCCUCAAAUACUAGCGACCUCGUUGGGAGCUCUCUUGCUCCUGGAGAGAGGAUGCCAGAGGGAGGAUGGGAGGCCAGACUGCUGCUUGCACUCAGCCCAGAGCGACCGACCGACGGAAAGGCCGGUGUGUGUGCACUGGUGGAGCUCUCUGGCUUCCCUGACCACUCCCCGCCGCCCCUCAGGGUGGCCUCUCGCCCCCACUUCCCCCACCCCCACCCCCACCCCCGCGGGCAGAGUGACGAUUGUGUUUUUCUCCUUCAGACUGUGAGCCGGGGUGGGGGUGGGGUGGGGGGGUGGAGAGGAGGGGUCCACCCGGGUACAUUGGCUCUGUGUUUGCACCAAAUGGCUAAAUAAAAGGAUUGUUGAGU